UUUAUUCAAAUAGGAAACACUCAGAAACUUCCAUUCCCGGCGACUGUAUUUAAAGCUUAUGCUAUAUAGAGCAAAAUUUGACUUUGGUCGGCGCCUUGUACGUACCUCAUACUACUCUAUUUAGGGCACCCUCACACUGACAAACUCUGAUUGUCCUUCCCGCCGCCGCCGCCGCCGGUAUAUCCACCGUUACCGUUAUGAGCUAUUGAACCUGGUGGAAUAUAGAGGCAUUAAUGGCACUUCGUUUCGAGAUCCUUGGGAGAUUUAAUCGUGCUCGUGCAGCUCGGCUUAUACUCCCUCACUAUGAAUGCCAGACACCUCUUUUUAUGCCUGUUGGCACGCAAGGCACUAUAAAGGGUUUGACCGCCUGCCAGCUUGAGGAUAUUGGUUGCCAAAUAAUCCUCGGAAACACAUAUCAUUUGGCACUACGUCCUACCUCUGAGCUCAUCGAUGAGUUAGGAGGUCUACAUAAGUUCAUGAAUUGGCCGAGGGCACUACUUACUGACUCUGGGGGCUUUCAAAUGGUCUCCUUGUUGCAUUUGGCUGAUAUCACUGAGAAGGGUGUCACGUUUCAGUCACCGGUGGAUGGAAAGCCAAUGCUCCUUACACCUGAAGAGUCAAUACACAUCCAAAACAGAAUUGGUGCAGAUAUUAUUAUGGCUCUUGAUGAUGUUGUGAAAACUACUAUCACAGGUCCACGAAUUGAAGAGGCUAUGUAUCGAACUCUGCGUUGGAUAGAUAGGUGCAUAGCAGCUCACAAGAGACCACAUGAGCAGAAUCUAUUUGGCAUAGUGCAAGGUGGUUUAGAUCCUGUAUUAAGGGAUAUAUGUGUCAGAGGUUUAGUGAAGCGCAAUUUGCCUGGCUAUGCUAUUGGUGGUCUUGCAGGCGGUGAAGAUAAAGACUCGUUUUGGCGUGUCGUGGCUCAGUGUACUGCUGCACUACCUGAGCAUAAACCACGAUAUGUCAUGGGCGUGGGUUACCCACUAGACAUUGUGGUAUGCAGUGCUUUAGGUGCUGACAUGUAUGAUUGUGUCUAUCCUACUCGUACUGCUCGCUUUGGCACAGCGCUUGUACCUGAGGGAGUUCUAAAACUUAAACACAAGGCAAUGACAGAGGAUAUGCGUCCUAUUGAUCCCACAUGUGACUGUAUGGUCUGUAAAAAAUAUACCAGGGCUUACAUUCAUUGCCUUGUCACUAAAGAUGCCAUGGGAUCUCAACUUCUGUCAUAUCACAACUUAUACUAUAUGAUGAAGCUUAGCAGAAACUUGCACUCAUCAAUUGUUGAAGGACGGUUUCCAGAAUUUGUUUGCCAGUUUCUGCAGAAAAUGUUCCCCGAAGGUGACGUUCCUGAAUGGGUCUGCAAUGCCAUGGAGGUUGCUGGCAUUGAUAUUUCUUCAUGUUGUGAUCCGUUUUCAUCACUCCCCAGUAAAGUAGAAGAUACAGAGGUUGCUGGAAUUGACAUUUCUUCAUGUUGUGCCCCACUUUCAUCACUCCCCAGUGAAGUAGAAGAUACAGAGGUUGCUGGAAUUGACAUUUCUUCAUGUUGUGCCCCACUUUCAUCACUCCCCAGUGAAGUAGAAGAUACAGAGGCUGCUGGGACUGACUCUUCUUCAUGUUAUUCUCCAUUUUUGUCGCUCCCCAGUGAAGUAGAAGAUACAGAGGUUGCGGAGAUUGACACAUCUUCAUGUUGUGCUCCAUCUUUAUCGCUCCCGGUAAAGUAGAAGAUCCACAAACCCAGAAGUGAAACAGUAAUUAAAAACAUUUCACAGAGUACAACAUAGAUAUACAGAAUUGACGAUAAGAGCAGUGUGCAUUUUUGUGGUAACAUGCUGCUAUGCUAGGAGUCACUCAAGAAAAUUUUGUAGUGACACAAAAUAUGAGUUUUUUUUUUUGAACUAGAUGUCAUUCUUCGUAGCUGAAAGAAAAUUUUCCCCAUUAUAUGAAGUUCUUUUUACGUCCUAGAAAAUUUUGUAUUGAGCUCUGAUAUAUCAAAGGAAAACAAACAACCAUUAUCUUCAA